AUGGGCAACCGGUUGUCGCUGCUCCAAGCGGCUGAACGAGGCAAAAUCGACGAAGCCAAGCUCGCUCUAGAACGCGGAGAACUCGUAGACACCAAGGACGGAAAUGGGUGGACGCCCUUACUAUUCGCAGCACGUGAAGGCCACGAGGGAAAAGUGCGUCUUCUUCUCCACUACGAUGCCACUCCAGAUCUACCAGAUAGCCGGGGAAUGACGGCGAUGAUGUGGGCUGCGUUCCAUGGUCAUGUUAAUCUUGUACGGAUAUUGCUGAGCAACCACGCAGAUAUGAACGUGGAGAAUAAAGAUGGCCAGACAGCGUUGAAAAUUGCGGAGGCUGAAGGACACCAAGAAGUUGUGGAUUGCUUGAUGGAA